AACUUUAAACACAGUACGCUUCGAUCCGAAAACAAACCCAAAAGAGACUCCCCCUCGCUCUCUCCCACUUCCAUGGCGAAAUCCAAAACCCCUCCCCCUCCCGAUCUCGAUCCCAACUCCUGCUCCCUCGAAAAAUUCCGCCUUUACGAGACUCGAGCUCGAUUCUAUCUCAUCGGCAGCGAUCGAUACAAGCAACACUACCGCGUCCUCAAGAUCGAUCGAUCAGAGCCCUCGGAGCUCAACGUCAGCGAGGACCCCGUCGUCUACUCGCAGCAAGAAGUCAAGAACCUCCUCCAACGGAUCGCCGAGGGCAAUCGAGCCACCGGUGGCCUCAUCUCCGGCGGAAAAGUCUACGGCAUCGCCGGUUGUAUUAAGUUUCUGGAGUCCUAUUAUUUGAUUCUUGUAACCAAGAGGAAGCAGAUUGGGACGAUAUGCGGGCAUGCGAUUUAUAGUAUUGAGGAGAGCCAGCUGAUUACUGUGCCGCACUCGUCGAUUCAGUCGGAUUUGGCGAAUUCCAAGACCGAGCUCCGGUACAAGAAGCUCCUAUCUAGUGUUGACCUUACAAAGGAUUUCUUCUAUAGUUACACAUAUCCCAUAAUGCAAUACUUACAGAGAAAUGUCACUGCUUCUGGUGGGGAGAAGAUGCCUUAUGAUAAUAUAUUUGUGUGGAAUGCAUUUCUCACACAAGCAAUACGAACAAGAUGCAAUAAUACAUUUUGGACGAUUGCUUUAGUUCAUGGGCACUUCAAACAGGUCAGGUUAUCAAUCUUUGGUCGAGAAUUUAGUGUGACUCUGAUUGCUAGGCGUUCUCGUCAUUUUGCAGGGACACGUUAUUUGAAAAGAGGAGUGAAUGAUAGAGGUAGAGUUGCAAAUGAUGUUGAAACUGAACAAAUUAUUCUAGAUGAAGAAGUUGGCUCGUGCAGGGGAAAAAUGAGUUCAGUUGUCCAGAUGCGGGGCUCAAUUCCCCUUUUUUGGUCCCAAGAAGCUUCAAGAUUUAGUCCUAAGCCUGAUAUUAUUUUGCAGAGAUAUGAUCCUACGUACCAGGCAACCCAGUCACAUUUUGAAGAUUUGGCAAAUAGAUACGGAAAUCCUAUAAUUGUGCUUAAUUUAAUAAAGACUGUUGAAAAAAGGCCUCGAGAAAUGAUGCUACGACGUGAAUUCGCUAAUGCUGUUGGGUACCUUAACCAGAUUCUCCCAGAAGAAAGCCAUUUGAAGUUUAUUCAUUGGGAUUUCCAUAAGUUCGCGAAAAGCAAAUCUGCCAAUGUUUUGGCGGUUUUGGGUGCCGUAGCAAGUGAAGCACUUGAUUUAACUGGUUUUUACUAUAGUGGAAAGCUUAACACAGUCAGAGGAAAGUCAACUCAUAGUCGGACAAACAUCAUGAGGGAUACUUCCCUUGGUGAAUUUAGGACCAAUUCAGCAGAUCUUGCAAGGUCAGUUAGUAGUGAAACUUCAAAUCCAGUUGCUAAUCAGAAUGGAGGACAAGAUGCACGACAACAAUGUUGGAUGGCUGAUGGCCCACGUUUCCAGAGUGGAGUUCUCCGCACUAACUGCAUUGACUGUUUAGACCGUACAAAUGUUGCACAAUAUGCUUAUGGCCUAGCAGCUUUAGGUCGUCAACUUCAUGCAAUGGGUUUGACAGAUGUUCCUAAGGUGGAUCCUGAUAGCACCAUUGCUCAAGCACUCAUGGAUAUGUACCAAAGUAUGGGUGAUGCACUUGCUCAGCAAUAUGGAGGCUCUGCAGCACAUAAUACUGUGUUCCCUGAAAGACAAGGUAAAUGGAAGGCUACUACCCAGUCUCGUGAGUUUUUGAAAUCCAUCAAGAGAUAUUACAGCAAUGCCUACACGGAUGGCGAAAAGCAAGAUGCCAUUAACUUAUUUUUGGGUUAUUUCCAACCUCAAGACGGAAAAGCAGCGCUGUGGGAGCUGGACUCGGACUAUUAUCUUCAUGUUUCUGGGACUGGUGAUGAGAUAAUUCCCACCAUCCCUAGAAGUGUACCACUUGAUACAACAUCCAUGGAGAGAAAAGGAUUUCUUCUUGCACCAAUUCCAGCUUGCAAACAAGACUUCCAGCGCAUGAAGUUGACAUCAUUUGAUAAACUUAUGGAGAGAACAUGCAGUUUGAUAAAGAAUGUGAGGCUUUUUACUGAAUUUGAUGUGAAAGCUACUGGUAAUGCAGGAAAUACGGGAAUGGCACCAGAUGCAGCUGAAAUACAACUUAAAAGUCCUAACUGGUUGUUUGGUCAAAGAAAGUACGAGGAAAGCCCACCCGCUCCUAAACUUGCAGCAAGUGAAAAUGCGAAAGGGGGCCAUCAAAAUGAGUUACGUGUUGAUGGUUAUUCUGGCUUGAAUUGGCUAUCCUUUGCUGAAGAUGUCUGUGAGGAGGAUAUCGUCCAAAGGUAUCUUCUAAUGAUAUCUGCCGAUGGAGCCAACAAUUGGUAUGGUGGCGCACUAAUUUACGAUCAAGACAGUAACAGUGAGGUUUACAAGCAUUAUGCUGAGCUAUGUCAGGGCUCAGUGAUGGAUCCUUUUGAGAACGACCCUGAUAAGGAGAAACACUACACCGAUGCUCUUUGCAUAGGAUUAGAUCGAACUGAUGAUUCACUCAUUGAAGCAGAGAUGGAAGCAGCUCUCAGGGAGUACGAUCAGAUUGGGGAUGAGCUUGGGAUUGCUGUCUCAGGUAGAGCCCUUGCUGAAGACCCUAGCCGGUUGACUAGAUGGAUCAUUGGAGAAGAGAAAGUCCAAGGCUUAAAAAAGUGAUCAUCACCGUUCUUCUCUUAUCAGCAAUCUACUUCGUUCAUAAAUAUUGCCGUUUGAUUCUCUGCCAAGAUUUAGUUGCUCUAUUCUGCAACCCAGAAGGAAGCUGAAUAAAUCUGUCAAAAGUCCAUCGGUGUUCUUUGAGAACAGUGUUUUCCUCUUGAGAGCACCGUAGAAGCAGCAAGAUCUAACCCCCCUAAGGUUAAACCUUAGGUUUCUUUAAACUCAUGGGUCCGUUAAGGCAUAAUAAUGUACAGUUGAGUUAUAAUGUAUAUAGCACAUAUUAACUUUUGCUGUUUAACUAUUGUCCAAACAAGUGUUUUGCCCGUGCUCGCAUUGGGUGGCUUUGGUUUCUUUCAUUUUUAUAUAUCUUGUUUCUUUGUUCUC